AUGGCUCUUCUUCUUCUUUUCCUCCAGUUGAACUUCAUCAUCCUAAUAUCGGCAUCAAAUGAUAUCCACCCAUAUCAGCGUUUUAUCGUCUGCAAGAGGCUCUACACUUGUGGGAGUCUCCGAGGAAUUGGGUAUCCAUUCUGGGGCGGCGAAAGGCCAAGCUUCUGCGGUCGAAAAGGCUUCCAAUUAGACUGCAUAGACGGUCAUUACACUAAGAUUAUAACAUUUGGAGAUGCUAAUGAUAAGCGAGUCUUUAGAGUACUUGAUAUAAUAAAAGGAACAAACAAAAUGAGACUAUCUCCAGACGGACUAUGGGAAAACGCGUGCCCUGUCUCCUUCAAAAACGUAACUCUAGCUCAGAGUGGCGAUGUAUCAAAAAACGUCAUAUAUGUCGCACUAAGCAGUUCUGUUUCUGAGAUCAACGUGUACUAUGGUUGUAGCCAAUGGGUUGCAAGAAAGCAUUCUCAAAGGAGCUUCACUUGCCUUGGAAAGGGUGGUGUUAGGACCGAAGCAUUUUACGCGGACAUCGCAUCAUCUUCGGGUAUCGCCGAAUGUAAGGUGUGGAUUAAUGUGCCAAUAGAGAAAAGCGCACUUUUGAGGCUGUGGCGAUUAGAUCUAACUCUGCCCGAAGCUUUAAGGAAGGGAUUUGAAGUGUUGUAUUAUCGUGACAUGACGUUGUGUUCGCUUUGCGAGGCUUCUGGUGGGAGUUGUGGAUCUAUGGAUGAUGUUGAUUCAUUUCAAUGUUAUUGCUCAAAUGGUUCAUCUAAUCUUUCUUGUGAAGGUAAAAGGAAAAGCAGGAUCAAGCUGAUAAUAAUAGGUAUUAAACCAAAUCGAACUAGCAAUGCAGGCUGUUCUUUUGCUGCUGUGAUGGCAAUACUACUCAGUGGCAUUGUCACAUUGUAUAUCAAGUGGGAUUAUCGGUUGCCCCAAACUAACAAAAUAUGGAGAUUUAACAAGUGUGAUAAGGAUCUUGAGAUCCUCCUCAAAGAUUACAAAUCUUUUGCUCCAAGAAGAUUCAUAUAUGCUGAAAUAAAGAAAAUGACAGAUUCAUUCAGACAUGAGUUGGGUCGAGGAGGCUUCGGGAUUGUGUACAAAGGGAAAUUGCCCGAGGACGACAUUCAAGUGGCAGUGAAGAUCCUCAAAGAAUCAAAAGCAAAUGGAGAAGAUUUCAUAAACGAGGUAAAAAGUAUUGGAAAGACUUCACAUGUUAACAUAGUCAAGCUUCUCGGAUUCUGUCUAGAUGGUUCAAAACAAGCUCUAGUUUAUGAAUUUAUGCCCAAUGGAUCUCUAGAAAAGUUCAUAGAUAGUGACAAUAGUGAGAAUUUACAAAUCGGAUGGGAAAAAUUGUAUCAAAUCUCGAUAGGAAUAGCACGAGGACUCGAGUAUCUGCACCGAGGCUGCAACACGAGAAUACUACAUUUCGACAUAAAGCCUCACAACAUUCUUCUCGACGAGGAUUUUUGUCCAAAGAUAUCGGAUUUUGGGCUUGCUAAGCAAUGUAACAAGAAACAGAGCUUUAUAUCAAUGGUGGAUCCGAGAGGGACGAUUGGAUAUAUUGCACCAGAGAUAGUAAGUAGAUUGAUAGGAGGAGUUUCACACAAGUCUGAUGUUUAUAGUUAUGGGAUUAUGGUUCUCGAAAUUGUUGGAGGAAAAAAGGAAAAUGUAGGUGCCGAAAAUUCGAGCGAAAUAUAUUUUCCACAUUGUGUGUAUAAACAGCUUGAGCAGGAUCAUCUGGGUUUGAAAGAUGUGAUGACAGAUGAAGAAGAAGUUAUGGUGAGGAAGAUGAUGACAGUGGGCUUGUGGUGUAUACAAACAAAUCCUUCACAGAGGCCAUCAAUGGGCAAGGUUCUGCAGAUGCUAGAAGGUCCCAUUGAAUCAUUAGAAAAUCCUCCUAAGCUUCAUAGAAAAAUGUAUGUUCCUAAAAAUCCUGCAAACUCUUCUUCAGAAUCAGUAUUACUCUCCUCAUUUGGUAUAAAUGAUACACUAUAACGAUGGCAAUGGGCGGAUCGGGUUGGAUAUUGGUAUCCCCGUGCAAUAUCCAUAUCCCAAUAUUUGGGUAUCGCACCUAAACGGCCGUAUUCGACUCGAACAAAUCGUCUUAGACUCAUAAUCAUGUUGUGUUGUAUAUUAAUUUUAC